GAACAGAAUCAGUGACAGGAAGCAAAGAAUGAAAAAUGGCUGAGUUCAUACUCUCUGGUACAAACAACUUCCGUAAGUUCACUUACGAAUCUUUGGCUGCUAUUGAAAAGAGAAUUGCUGCCAAGAAGGAUUGUCAAAAAAAUAUCAUAGACCAGAAACCUGAGGAGAAACCACGUCCUCAACUUGACUUAAAAGCUUUCCAGAAAUUACCAGCUCUGUAUGGAAAUCCUCCUCCAGAGCUCAUUGGGGAACCACUGGAAGAUCUUGACCCGUACUACAAAGAUCGCAAGAUUUUCAUAGUGCUAAACAAACAGAAAACAAUCUUCAGGUUUACUGCUACACGUGCCUUAUGGAUCCUCAGUCCUUUCCAUCCAAUCCGAAGAACAGCAAUUAAAAUUUUAAUACAUUCAUUAUUCACUUGGUUUAUAAUGUGCACUAUUAUAACUAAUUGUGUGUUCAUGGCUCAGAAUGAGUCUAAGAGUUCUGCAUCUUCUUCAUGGAACAAAUAUGUUGAAUUUACUUUCACUGGCAUUUACACUUUUGAAUCAUUGAUAAAAAUAUUGGCAAGAGGAUUCUGCCUAAAUGAAUUCACUUUCCUUCGAGAUCCCUGGAACUGGUUGGAUUUCAGUGUGAUUGUUAUGGCGUAUGUGGGAGCAUUCAGUAGCCUGGGGAGUGUAUCAGUCCUUCGGACUUUCAGGGUUCUGAGAGCCUUAAAAACCAUUUCAGUAGUCCCAGGACUCAAGAUCAUUGUAGGGGCACUUAUCCAGUCUGUUAAGAAACUUGCCAAUGUGAUGAUCCUGACCGUUUUCUGCCUGAGUGUCUUUGCCCUCAUAGGCCUCCAGCUUUUCAAGGGCAAUCUGAGACAGAAGUGUAUCAGGAAUUAUACAGAUCCCAGUAUCAAAGAGUAUUUACAGAACAAAACAUGGGAAUCCUAUGAAAUGUUUGCUAAUUAUACAGGUAAUUUUGCUCAGAAGCCAGACUCCUCGGACAUCUUGCUAUGUGGUCCCGGCGCUGGGACCUGUCCUCCAGAAUACACAUGCUUGAAAAUUGGGCCCAAUCCUGAUUACGGUUUCACCAGUUUUGAUACCUUUGGCUGGGCUUUUCUUUCCUUAUUCCGCCUGAUGACCCAGGACUACUGGGAGCGUCUGUAUCAGCAGACCCUCAGAGCUUCUGGGAAGGUGUAUAUACUCUUCUUCAUGCUGGUCAUCUUUCUGGGCUCAUUUUAUCUAGUCAACUUGAUUCUGGCCGUAGUAACAAUGGCAUACGAAGACCAGAACAAGGCCACUAUUGCUGAAACAGAGGCAAAGGAAAGGAAAUUUCGGGAAGCAAUGGAAUUAUUGCAGAAAGAGCAGGAGUCAUUGGCUGCUAAAGGGAUUGAUAUCCUGUCAAUUAGCUCCUUCGAAGCCUCUCCUUUGUCUACCAAAGAAAUCAAAGAAAGAAGCAAUAGGAAAAAGAGAAAUAAGUCCUUGGGGAUAGAAGAUUAUGAAGAACAACAAUUUCCCAAGUUACAGCCCACAGACAGUCAACGAAAGUUGGCUCUCCUUGGCUUGGUGUACGGCCCCAACGCAAAUCAGGUGAAACGCAGGCUGAGCCACGGGAGUGUAUUCAAUUUCCAAAUACCUGCCUUAGAAGUCGACUCCAAAGUGGAUUUUGGUGACGAGGAGACUCGCAGUGCAGGGGAGAACGAAAUCCAGGGGAGGUCACUGUCGGUGCCGCAGGUGGGAAGACGCUGCAGCGUGCAGAGCCAAGCAAGCCAUGGCUCCCAUCCUGCUACCCCCAGCUGCGGGCAGGGAGGCAAGUGGACCAACACCGAUGACUGCAAUGGCAUGAUUUCGGUGAUGGGAGGAGGGAAUGGCAAGGUGCACGGUCUAGAUCCAGCAUCUACUGAAGGGGUUCCACUUCCGCCAGUAAUGGAAGACCCAGGGAAGGGUGAUCUGCCAGCUGUAAAUGAUGAGAGCAGCAUGAUGCAUUUGCAUCCUCAUCUGUCAGUGGAGUACUUUAAUGAGGCAUUUCAGAGACAAAGGGCAGCAAGUGCAGUCAGCAUAAUUACCAGUGUCUUGGAGGAACUUGAAGAAUCCCAACGGAGAUGCCCGCCAUGCCUGAAAGAUUUUGCUUUAAAGUAUCUAAUUUGGGACUGUUGUCCACUUUGGUUGAGAAUCAAGAAAAAAGUAGCUGCUUUCAUAAAGGAUCCUUUUAUUGAUCUCACCAUCACUCUUUGCAUUGUGAUGAACACUUUGUUCAUGGCACUGGAACACAAUAAUAUGUCAGAUAAUUUUAAAUCAAUGCUUAAUGUAGGCAACUUGGUCUUUACAGGAAUCUUCACUGCAGAAAUGAUCUUAAAAAUCAUUGCUCUAGAUCCCUAUUAUUAUUUUCAGCAGCCCUGGAAUAUUUUUGACAGCAUAAUUGUCACAUUGAGUUUAAUUGAAUUGAGUUUACCCAAACACAAAGGCAAGAAAGAGAGAAGAAAAGGAGGAACCCUGUCAGUUUUACGAUCCUUCAGACUGCUGAGGGUCUUCAAACUGGCAAAGUCCUGGCCAACUUUAAACACUCUUAUUAAAAUCAUUGGUAACUCUCUGGGCGCACUGAGUAACCUGACCCUCGUCCUGGCAAUCAUAGUUUUUAUUUUUGCUAUAGUAGGAGUGCAACUUUUUGGGUCAAACUAUAGAGACAACAUAUUUAAAAUAAACAAAAAUGGCAAGCCACGCUGGCACAUGAUGGACUUUUUCCAUUCGUUCCUCGUCAUUUUCCGAAUUCUGUGUGGAGAAUGGAUUGAAACCAUGUGGGACUGCAUGGUGGUAGCUGAAAAACCACUGUGCCUUCUUGUCUUUCUGCUGGUCAUGGUGAUAGGAAAUUUAGUGGUCCUCAACCUUUUCAUUGCAUUGCUGCUGAAUUCUUUCAGUACCGACUGUCUCCAGACAGCAGAAGAUGAUGGAGAGAUGAACAAUCUUCGGAUUGCCUUUGCUCGCAUUAACAAGGGAUUUCACUUUGUGAAGAGUGUUACUUGGGACACCUGUUGUGGAAAGCUCAGGCAUCUAAAGAAAGCACACAGAAAGAAAAACAAAUUGACAGCCCAGAACCCACUUGGUCUGGGAAAAGAAAGAAAAAAUUGUAAAGAGAAUUACAGCAAUGAAUGGGGUGAAAAAAAUUGGGAAAACUGUGCAGGGCUUGAAGAUUUUAUUACCAAUCCCAAUGUAUUUGUUUGUGUCCCUAUUGCUGAGGCAGAGAAUACAAGUGAUGGUUUUGAAGAUGAUGAUAAACUGAGCACGUUUACAGACAUAGAAUACAGUAAGCAGGAGGAAAAUCAUCUGAGGCAAAGGGGAGAAAGAGGGAAAAAUUCAGGAAGCUGGAGCAAGGGGUCAGGACUUUCCUCUGAAGAAUUCAGUGUGCUUUACCUAGGAAAAGAUAGGAAGGCUGAACCAUCAUCACCAGAGCAAAAAGAGUUUGACAGUGCCAGCUCCUCUGAAGGCAGUACAGUGGAUCUGACAAAUCCUGAAGAUCUUUUGAGGCAGAUUCCAGAGUUUGCUGAAGACAUGAAGACUCCAGAAAAGUGUUUUCCAGAAGGUUGUGUUCGAUACUUUCGUUGUUAUAAGGGCAGUGCCCUAAACUUUGGAGGACAAACAUGGUGGAAUCUGAGAAAAACCUGCUACCAAAUUGUUGAACAUUCCUGGUUUGAAUCCUUUAUCAUAUUCAUGAUUCUUCUGAGCAGUGGAGCCUUGGCUUUUGAAGACAUCCAUAUAAAUGAGAGAAAACACAUUAAAGCUAUGUUGUCAUUUCUUGACAAAAUGUUCACUUUCAUCUUUGUUCUGGAGAUGCUCCUGAAAUGGGUGGCUUAUGGCUUCAAGAAGUAUUUCACCAAUGCCUGGUGCUGGCUUGACUUUCUUAUAGUAGAUGUCUCUUUAAUAAAUCUCUUAGGUAGCUCAUUUGAUGCUGUGAAAUCUCUUAGGACUCUCCGAGCUCUGAGACCCUUAAGAGCAUUGUCAAGAUUUGAGGGGAUGAGGGUGGUGGUCAAUGCCCUCGUGGGAGCCAUCCCUUCCAUCAUGAACGUUCUGCUUGUCUGCCUCAUCUUCUGGCUCAUCUUUAGCAUCAUGGGGGUGAACCUGUUUGCUGGGAAGUUUGGGAAAUGUGUCAAUAUGACAGAAGAAAAUUCAGUAUUGAAUACUUCAAUCAAUGACUUAACAGACUGCAAAAUGUAUAAUAACACAGGAAAAAUAUUCUGGGUCAAUGUUAAAGUCAACUUCGAUAAUGUUGGCUCUGGCUACCUGGCUCUUCUUCAGGUGGCAACAUUUAAAGGUUGGAUGGACAUCAUGUAUGCGGCAGUAGAUUCACGAGAGAAAAAUGAACAGCCACAAAUGGAGCACAGUUUAUUUAUGUAUCUCUACUUUGUGAACUUCAUCAUCUUUGGAUCUUUCUUUACCCUGAAUCUCUUUGUUGGUGUUAUUAUUGACAAUUUCAACCAACAAAAGAAAAAGUUAGGUGGGGAAGAUAUCUUUAUGACAGAAGAACAGAAAAAAUAUUACAAUGCAAUGAAAAAGUUGGGAUCCAAGAAACCUCAAAAACCCAUUCCAAGACCACUGAAUAGAUACCAAGGGUUCCUUUUUGACAUUGUAACACGUCAGGCCUUUGACGUCAUCAUCAUGAUUCUCAUCUGCCUUAAUAUGAUCACUAUGAUGGUGGAAACCUAUGACCAAAGUGAAACGAAGACUAACAUUCUUAACAAGAUCAAUAUACUCUUCGUUGCUAUCUUUACUGCAGAAUGCGUAGUGAAAUUGGUGGCUCUGAGGCAGUACUAUUUCUCGAAUGCCUGGAACAUAUUUGAUAUAGUUGUUGUGAUCAUGUCACUUCUUGCUUUACUGCUUUCUGGCAUUGGUAAAGCACUUGAACAUUUCUUACCACCCACACUCUUCAGGGUUAUUCGCUUGGCUCGGAUUGGACGAAUACUGAGACUCAUACGGGCUGCCAAAGGAAUUCGAACUCUGCUCUUCGCCUUAAUGAUGUCCUUACCUGCUCUAUUUAACAUUGGCCUCUUGCUUUUUCUAGUCAUGUUCAUUUAUGCUAUUUUUGGCGUGGCUAAUUUUGCUUAUGUGAAGAUGGAAGAUGGCAUUGAUGACAUGUUCAAUUUCCAAACCUUUGCUAACAGCAUGCUCUGUCUCUUCCAAAUCACAACGUCAGCUGGCUGGGAUGGUCUUCUCAGUCCUCUUUUAAACACCGGGCCACCAUUUUGUGAUCCAAAUGUGAGAGGUAGAGUAGGUGAAUGUGGUAAACCUGCCAUAGGAAUUAUUUAUUUUGUGAGUUACAUCAUUAUAUCAUUUCUCAUUGUUGUAAACAUGUAUAUAGCUGUUAUUUUGGAGAACUUCAAUGCUGCUACUGAGGAAAGUACGGAGCCUUUAGGGGAAGAUGACUUUGACAUCUUUUAUGAAAUCUGGGAGAAAUUUGACCCUGAAGCAACUCAGUUCAUAACUUUCUCUGCACUUUCAGACUUUGCAGAUGCUCUGGCUGAACCUUUACGUGUACCGAAACCAAACAAAAUUGAACUCAUAGCAAUGGACCUGCCUAUGGUCAGUGGAGACAGGAUUCACUGCUUGGAUAUCUUGUUUGCUUUUACCAAAAGAGUGUUAGGAGAUUCUGGGGAGAUGGAUGCACUAAAAGUACAAAUGGAGGAGAAGUUCAUGUCUGUUAAUCCAUCCAAAAAAUCCUAUGAGCCAAUCUCUACUACACUCAGACACAGACAAGAGGAAGCUUCUGCCACCGUCAUCCAGCGUGCCUACAGGAGUCAUUUGCUCCAGCGCUAUAAGCAUGCUUCUUACCUGUACCAUCACAGAACUUACAGUGGUGACACUCUUGGAGAUGCUGCUCCAGAAAAAGAAGGACUUAUUGCAUCUAUGAUGAGAGAAAACUAUGGCAGGAAUCUUGAAAAGUCUGAAACUUCUUCCUCAACGUCCUUUCCUCCAUCAUAUGACAGUGUCACAAGAGCCAGUAGUGGCAAUCUGAUGAUUGAGAAUGAAGUUACAGGUCAGCAACAAUCCCCAGACAUAAAAUAGGUCAUCACCGACAAUGUUAUGAAGAACUAUUCACAGAAGCUGAUAUUGUAAAUACACAUCAGCUGAGGCAGCCUUUCCCAUUAAACUUGAACUGACAAAGAUGAUCAUGAUAAAUUAGCCAUGGUUAAGUAUGCUAGCAGCAAAGUUGUAGCCUUUGAUUUUGCUAUUUUCAACUUUGUACUGUAUUUACAUAUGCAGAAAAAAAUGCUUUGAAAAGCAUCUCCCACAGUGGUGUGUUCACAGCAGUGGCAGAUAAUGUCACGUCUGACAUCACACCUGCUGUCUUUUAGGGACCUGUCCCAAGGGGCAAAGAGGUGCUUGAGCAGCAAAAGAUCUACCAGAGAACAGGAAAAGAAUAUCUUUGUUCAUAUAAAUUACAUAAGGAAGAGGAGCUAAAACUUAUCCUUAAUCUACCCCCCUAUUCGAUACUUUCAUUACAGAUCUGUUAAGUAAAAGGCUGUUGAUUUUUUAAUGUUUGGGGACUGAUGUACCAUGAAAAUAGCCACUGCAUGAUCCACAGAUACACCACAGUGUAGUGGACUUCUUCCAAUGUUAUCAGUCUACAGAAUGUCAUGGCAUGUAUGCUAUUGUAGUUGUGUCACUGCAGCUUAAUGAAAUAAUAAAUACAAUUCUUAAUAUUCCGGAAGUUGUACUGAACUGAGUUAAACCUUGUUUUACAUUUUAUCCGGGAGGACUGUUUUUUUAAUUUUUUCUUCAGGAAGCAAGGCAAAGGCAGCCAUGCUGUGUGUCUUCCUAUCAGUCACUCCCUAACAAAUUAACGUUUGUGACAUGCUUUCCUCAAACUUGACAGGAUGGUUAAAAGUCAUGCUAAAGUUCUUUCUUGUCAGUGAGGUAGAGAAGAGAAACACAAAUAAGCAUUCCCACAGAAGGGAAAUUGACAGCAUCACCUCAACCACUCCCUUAGGCAGAGAUGCAGAUGGGGAGUGCCCUGUGGGCACCAGCUGAACUGCCCUUGGUCAUGGUGGUGAGCAUCAUCCAAGGCCAUGGUGUGAAGCCCUCACUUGAGGAAGACGUGUUGUGUUGGUGGUAGGAGCCUCUCCUCCUUCUGCUAUUGCUUCUCUGAUGGAAGGGACAGUUUCCUUACCCCUGCACAGGUUAGAAGAAACCAGAAUACAAGUAAUGUGGACAUUUAGGAAAUUUGGGUUGAAGCAUUUGAGUCUGGGGUUAACAUGAGACUAUGGAUGUAAUCAUAAAUAUUUCUCGUGAAACUGUGUGCACAUGGUCUCUCAUGAUCUUCACCACAUUUUCCUUACAGAGGUCUUUGUCCUUCUUCAUUUCCUUACUAGCCUGGGUUUCUCAGAAAAGCUCAUGUCCAAACAAUACGUGGUCUUUUGUCCCUUGCACAUGUACUUUGUAGAUACUUUUAGCUGAUGUACUUUGCUGUCUCAUGACUGUCGUGUUAUCCUUUGUCAUGCACUAGGCAUAGUCAUAAAUUACCCUUGACAUUUUAAUUUAUUUAAAUUUCAGACACGUUAUAUGCAAGUCAGUAGAAGAAGGUUUUUAUUUCUCUUUGUCACAUAGUUGUAGUCAUGCAGUCACUGUUGGGUUUGUCAGGUUCUGGCAAGAUUCAGGUGAGCUUUUCUCCAGCCAGAGAAGAAACUGGGUUUUGCAACUGAGUGGGACCUGCUGUACACUCCACUUAUGACACGUAGCAAGUUGCUCACUCUCUUCAACACCCCUUCUCUAAAUGGUAACAUUAUGUUCUGUGCUGUGUUGCCUUCCUUUUCUACCUUUUUCACCUCUUCAGAUUGUGAGCUCUUUGGACACAAAUUCUCUUUUACUAUAAAUACUUAAUAACGAGAUUCUGUUUUCAGU